AUGAGAAUGAAACUCACCCUGCCAUCUCGAGCAAAUCACAUUCGCGUCAAACGGAUGGACAUUAUGGACAAGCUCGUCAAAUUGCAACGAAAGGACGUCUCACUUGAUACUACUGUUUUGGACGGUGUGCUCAAGAUGUACCUUGCAAAUGAGACACUAACACUGAGUGAAUGCACGUCACACUUUGAGAUCUUUCUCGCGAACCAGAAAGGAUGGCAAAAGAAGGUAGACAAAGGCCAAUGGGAGGCGGAUUUGAGAUCAAAUCACUACAAGAUAUAUCCACGCCCUGAUGCACCGGCCUGCGACAGUUUCUUUUGGACGAUGGUUUGGAUCAAGUGGCUCGAAUCGUUUCAUUAUGGGCGCACCCUCCAGCCAAACGACUUCCUCUUCCCUGUCAUGAGUGCAAAUGGUGUUAUGCAUCCUGGACAGCCAAUCUCUCACGAUACUGUACAAAAAUGGAUCAAUGAGUCUACCACUGGCGCUGGCAUCCAUGGUAACUUCCCAACUCACUGCUUUCGUCAGGGAGGUGCACAAUAUUGGUUCAUGUUUGCUCCAGUAGGUCAACGGUGGACACUUGCUAAAGUUCGUUGGUGGGGUGGAUGGGCUGAUGGCGAGCAUCGUGAUAUGCUCGUUCACUACUUGCUUGAUGAACUACAUGCAUACGAGACUGACUAUAGCAAUGCCCUUGCCCCCAUCUCCCGUGGCGCUGAUGCCUCUCUUGCUGGUGAACAUGCACUUACCAGACCAGCAUCCACUGAAGAGCUUCGCAUGGUGCAUGCAUCUGUUGCCGCAGAUGUCAACGGCCUGCGCAACGACAUGCGCUCCCUAACAAGUGUUGUAGUGCAGGCCGCCUGCAGCACAGCAAUUGCUCUCCAACACCUUGAUUCAGGCAACCGCUUCACCAAUGUCUCUGAGUGUGCCUCCCACACAACAACUCCACCAUAUACCACUCCACCUCUUGGAGGAGCACUCACCACUUUUGAACGGCCGCUCUCACCCAGACCUGUUGUCAGCCCAGUGCCUACUGCGGCCCUAUCCACCUCCAGCGCGUCACGGCAGCCCCGAGUCCCCACCACGGCAUCCAGUUCGCAGAAACUCCCUAAACCUGUCCUCGUGAUCCCUUGGGUCCCAGUCGCUCAUUCUGACGGCACUUCCAGCCCGAAGAACAAAUCCUGGAAGGAGAUCGUCGAGCACUGGCUCGUUGGCGAUCGGGACCGAGGACUCACAACGCCAUUGAAGGAUUGGCCAAGGGAGUGGUACCAAGGCGCGAAUAGAUGGUUCACGUCAAAGUACCACCAAAGGGCAACCAUCGCGCUAGAAUUUAUUAAUCAGUAUGAGUCAAAUGAGGCGCACUUCCUCGCAGCCUAUCCAGAGGCCGAGUUCGGGCACACACAGCUUCUGAAGGCCGUGAACAAGGCACGCACUGCACGAGGGGAUCGUAUAUCUCGCAACAAAUAG